UGACCUGUGGCAGGCAUAUCCCAAAAGCAUUGGUUGGUGAUCGUCUUCGAAUUGCAAGGCAAUUACAGUUGAGUUUAGGUAUGCAAACAAACGUGUCAUGUGACCGAGUCAGGUGAUAAGAGCUUCAGUGACGUGUUGAAAGGGGUCCUGCAGUCAUUUAAGUACACGUCGUGAAUAUAAUCAACAAGAAAUGCCAGAAGUAAACAAAUAAAAUAAAAUAAAACCCGAUUUAAACGCACCAGUAGACGAUAACAAAAAAGUAAGUUUCAUUUUGUGUUGAAGUUUGGUUGUUUGCAAAGGCGUGGCGGGCAUCAACAACACCGAUUCAAGGUUCGUUUAAACUGAGACCUGUGACUGAAGCCUGCCUGCUGCUAUAGUAUUAUUAUAGCGACAUGCUUUUCAGCACGGUAAAUGCUUCUUGUACAAGAACAGCAGCUACUAAACAUAGAAUCCCGUGUGAUACCACAGUGUGACGAUGGAAUCUGUCCAGAUUAAAGAGGAGCUCCCUGAACUUGAACUGGUCCCCAUUAGCGAGUUCAUGGCUUCCCUCCCCAUUAAACAGGAGCUCUGUGAGAUGCAAUAUGACAGCAGCCAGCCAGAGGUCUCUGAGAUUAAAGCUGAGCACAAUGAAUUGGAGAUCCCCCAGACAGAAGAACCCCUUCCUGUUAAACAAGAAGAGGUGCUGGAAACUGUCCGUAUUAAACAGGAGCCCCCUGAAGUAGAGUUUGACCACAUGGAACCAGUGAAGGAAGAAUCCGAGGACUUCAAACCAAACAUCCCUGAGCUGGAGCCUGUACGCCUGCGGGAGUGUAGCGUGGUGCUGGAGAGAAUCUGCGUGAGAGAGCAAGGCGCUGGAGAGGAAGGCUCUUCCAGCAGCACGCAAGGAGGUGGAAAGGAAGACAGGCAUUCAUAUUCAAAACACAGUCUAGCAGGUUCCAGUCCAGCAGCUAAAGCGAGGGCGGGCAGAGGAGAAUAUCCUGACUGUGGGAAAGGUUUCACCCAGGUACAUGUUAACACACACCAGAGAAUUCACACAGCAGGGAAAAUGUAUCGGUGCACUCACUGUGGGACGAGUUUCAAUCAGUCUACAAGACUUGAAAGACACCAGCGAACUCACACAGGAGAGAAACCGUAUUGCUGCUCUAAAUGUGGGAAGAGUUUCAGCCAAUCGGCACACCUUGAGAGACACCAGCUAAUUCACACAGGAGAGAAACCGUAUCACUGCUGUGAAUGUGGAAAGAGUUUCAGUCAGUCCGGAGAUCUGAAAGCACACCAGCUAAUUCACACAGGAGAGAAACCAUAUUGCUGCUCUGAAUGUGGAAAGUGCUUCAGAAAGUUAGGAAACCUGAAAACACACCAGCUAAUUCACACAGGAGAGAAACCGUAUCACUGCUCUGACUGUGGGAAGAGUUUCUGUGAUUCAGGGCACCUGAAAAAACACCAGCGAAUUCACACAGGAGAGAAGCCGUAUUACUGCUCGGACUGUGGGAACAGCUUCACUAGAAAAGACAGCCUAGAAAAACACCAGCGAAUUCACACAGGAGAGAAACCGUAUUGCUGCUCUGACUGUGGGAAGAAUUUCAGUAGAAAAUACAGCCUGAAAAUACACCAGCGAAUUCACACGCAGAUAUUUUGCGCAAAUAAGCUAAACAGAAUCCCAUGUGCUGCCAUGGACAGUGUGAAGAUGGAAUCUGUCCAGAUUAAAGAGGAGCUCCUUGAAUCUAAACUUGUCCCCAUUAAAAUGGAGUUCUCUGGCCUGGCUUCCCUCCCCAUUAAACAGGAGAUAUGUGACUGCUGUCACCUACAGGUCUCUGAGAUUAAAGCUGAGCACAAUGAAUUGGAGACAAAAGAACACCUUUGUGUUAAAGAAGAGGUGAUGGACGUUGUCCGUAUUAAACAGGAGCCCCUUGAAGUAGAGUUUGGCCACAUGGAACCAGUGAAGGAAGAAUCCGAGGACUUCAAACCAAACAUCCCUGAGCUGGAGCCUGUAUGCCUGCGGGAGUGUAGUGUGGUGCUGGAGAGAAUCUGCGUGAGAGAGCAAGGCGCUGGAGAGGAAGACUCUCCCAACAGCAUGCAAGGAGGUGGAAAGGAAGACAGGCAUUCAUAUUCAAAACACAGUCUAGCAGGUUCCAGCCCAGCAGCUAAAGCGAGGGCGGGCGGUGGAGAAUAUCCUAACUGUGAGAAAGGUUUUGCCCAGUUAGAGCAUUUUAAAAAGCACAAGAAAGUUCAUAAAGGUGGUAAAUCGUGUCGCUGCUCUCAGUGUGGGAAGAGUUUAAGUAAUGCAAGACACCUGAAAAUACACCAGCGAAUUCACACUGGACAGAAACCAUAUAGCUGCUCUGACUGUGGGAAGAGUUUCUAUAGAAAAGACAACCUGAAAAAACACCAGCGAAUUCACACAGACCAGGACCUGUAUUGCUCUGACUGUGGUGUAAGUUUCAGUAGAAAAGCCAGUCUGAAAAAACACCAGAGAUUUCACACAGGAGAGAAACCGUAUCGCUGCUCUGACUGUGGGAAGAGUUUCAAUCGGUCAGAACACCUUGAAAAACACAGACGAAUUCACACAGGAGAGAAGCCGUAUCACUGCUCUGACUGUGGGAAGAAUUUCAGUCGGUCAGCACACCUUCAAAGACACCGGCGAAUUCACACAGGAGAGAAACCGUAUCACUGCUCUGACUGUGGGAAGAGUUUCAGUCAGUCCGGAGAUCUGAAAACACACCAGCGAAUUCACACUGGAGAGAAACCGUAUCACUGCUCUGAAUGUGGGAAGAAUUUUAGACAAUCUGGAGACCUGACAGCACACAAGCGAAUUCACACGGGAGAGAGACCGUACCACUGCUCUGUAUGUGGGAAGAGUUUCAGUCAUUCAGGACACCUGAAAAAACACCAGCGAACUCACUCCAGAUAGAAACCGUAUUACUGCUCUGAUUAUGGGAGAGUUUCUGUGUUAAACACACCAGCGAAUUCAGAGAGGAUAGAAACCUUAAAGACCAUGUUCAAUGGCACUUUUCACUCAUUAGGAAAACAUUUUUAACCUUGCAUUAUGAAUCCUUGUAAUAUUUGUUUUUGGGUAUCACUCCUAAGAGCAUACAUUGUAAAUGGUAAAAAUUCACUUCAAUUGCUUGCACCCUGAUUGUCAGAAAGUGGGCAGUGACAUGGACACAUCACAAGAGGCUUCUCUGCUGCUGUCAGUGCAGUCAGAGUGGGAAUGUGCAGAAAGGAAACCCAUCUGCAACUAUCAGGAGCAAUCCAUAACUCGUGUGGUGAAUGAGUUUCAGGGUUUAGGAUUUAAACUUAAUUUGAAAAUAAAUAAAUUGAUGGAAACGAGUAUCCUAACCUCGGUAUGUAGCAUCCCUGAGACCAGACUGCACCGUCCUGAUUUGUCUUGUAAAUUCAUCAUGGUUCUAGAAUGAAUGAAAAACUUUACUGUCCUAUAACUGUAUUAUGACAUGAAUGACUGAAUAUUGCGCGACCGUGUAGUUUUGCAUUGUGCAUUGUCCAGGCUUUUAUUUGUGCCUGCUUUUGUAAACUGACCCAAAUAAUACCAGUGUAGCAAGCAUGUGUAUGGAUCUUCACGGAGGAUUGGUAUGAUUUCAGUUAACGCAGCUGCGUUGUGUGAGGUUCAAGCUUCAGAAUGUUAGCAAUCUCAUACUCUGCGUUGUAGUUCCCACUGUGGAGAACUGGAAAACAUGGACCUGGGAAUACUUGGAUCUGAGUGGACUAAAGGACUGAACCUAUACUGAGGUGCUCCCCUUUCUCGUGCCCGCCAGUGUGCAGUUGCUUGUUUUGCAGAAAUCCAGUUCGGGCUUUUUUGUCGACUGCUUCCAAAGCAUAAACAAUUGUGAUUGAAAGAAGUUAGCGGCUGCUGACAGAAAGAAAUGGCUCAGAAGAAUUGAUUUUUUUGCUGUCUAUUUAGCUGUACUAUAGUAAUAAUGCUAAAUUUAAAGAGUAAGUAGCGGGGUUCCGAAACGUUUCACGUCCCCACGUGUUGCUACAACUGUUUAAAUAACAUACCUGGUAUUUUUCUUUUCAUUGCUACAGCCUGACAACUUUUUGCACUUAUAACUUUAAAGUAUUUUCACAAUGGCUGCUCUAAUACACUGAUAGUGUAAGGAUUAUUGCCUACAUUGUCAAACAGGUAACACAGCAAGAAUGAUCCAUGAUGUGGUACGGAACAGAAAAGCCAGAGCACUUAAGUGGGGAUGCCUGGGUCAGUAGAUUGCUUGUGUUUAAUAUUGAGAGCAGCGGGGAUGCCUGGGUCAGUAGAAUGCUUGUGUUUAAGAUUGAGAGCAGUGGGGAUGCCUGGGUCAGUAGAAUGCUUGUGUUUAAUAUUGAGAGCAGCGGGGAUGCCUGGGUCAGUAGAAUGCUUGUGUUUAAUAUUGAGAGCAGUGGGGAUGCCUGGGUCAGUAGAAUGCUUGUGUUUAAUAUUGAGAGCAGCGGGGAUGCCUGGGUCAGUAGAAUGCUUGUGUUUAAUAUUGAGAGCAGUGGGGAUGCCUGGGUCAGUAGAAUGCUUGUGUUUAAUAUUGAGAGCAGUGGGGAUGCCUGGGUCAUUAGAAUGCUUGGCUGUCCUUUUGAUCUUUAUGAAUUUUGCUUUUGUGGAUUCUUUUGCUAUGCCUGUUUUAUUCUCUUUUAGACAGAAAAAAAUGUGUUUGUGGCUUUUAGUGUGUGUUUCUUACUGUUAUAAAAUUGUCAAAACUAAUUAAUAAAAAAAUAUUUGUGUACCAUAA